AUGAUUGCUGCGAAUUACUCUGAGAUAGGAGGAGGGAGUUGUUCUUUUCCACGCAAGAGACAUCUCGAUGAUAGAACAGAAUUUCCUGAAGAAAAAAGGCAAAGAACGACAGAUUAUCAUUAUCCUCAGGGCUGGCUAUAUUGUCCCAGUUUCGGUCAUGAAAUAGGAUUCAUCAUUCCUUCCAAGGUUCCUCUCAGUGAAUCUUACAACAGUGAUCUUCCUCCUGACAAAAGAUACGCUCUCAAACAGUGGAUAACAAAUGGAAGGAUUGGUCUAGUGAUUGAUCUGACCAACACGACUCGUUACUAUGAUCCUAACACAGAGUUAAGGCAGAAGCGCAUAGGGUAUGUUAAGAUUCGUUGCAGUGGUCAUGAUUCUGUGCCGGAUAAUGUCUCUGUAAACACCUUUGUUGACAAGGUUCAUCAGUUUGAGAGAGAAAACUUCUCCAAGAAGUAUGUUCUCGUUCAUUGCACGCACGGCCAUAACCGCACAGGUUUCAUGAUUGUUCAUUACCUUAUGCGCUCUAGGCCGAUGAUGAGCGUUACACAGGCCCUGAAAAUGUUCUCGGAUGCCCGCCCGCCCGGUAUCUACAAACCGGAUUACAUUGAUGCUCUCUACGGCUUUUAUAACGAAAUCAAGCCAAAGAGUGUCAUUUGUCCAAAAACUCCUGAAUGGAAGAUGUCUGAAAACGAGCCUCCUCGGUGUUUCCCUUCAGUGCAAGAAAACAAUCAGGAGGAGGAGGAGAAAGUGGAGAAGAAGAUGACAAACGAUGACGUUUUAGGGGAUGAGAUACCUUAUAGGCAGCAGUUAUCUUACCAAAAAUUCUGUUACGAAAUGAUGAAAAUCAAUGGAGGAAAAAUGUAUUUCCCUGGCUCGCAUCCUGUAUCAUUAGACAGAGAGCAGUUUCAGCUCUUGAGGCAGAAGUACUAUUACGCGACGUGGAAGGCAGAUGGAACGAGGUACAUGAUGCUCUUGACAAGAGAAGGGUGUUAUCUAAUGGACAGGAUGUUCAGAUUUAGAAAGGUGCAAAUGCGUUUCCCUUGCAGUGAUCUUCAGAGAUUGCAUGACUACACGUUGCUUGACGGAGAGAUGGUCGUUGAUACUUUUCUUGAUGGAGAAAAGCGGCAGAAGCAGGUGAGGAGAUACCUUGUGUAUGAUUUGGUUGUGAUUAACGGGAGAUCGGUCGUAGAGAGGCCUUUCAGUGAAACAUGGAAUAUUAUCGAUAGAGAAGUGAUCAAACCUCGUAAUGAUGAGAAGAAAAUGAAAAGCCACUGGUAUAGGUACGAGAUGGAGCCAUUUGGGGUACGGAUAAAGGCUUUUUGUCUACUCUCUGCUCUUGAGAACAAGAUUUUCAAGGAGCUGAUUCCUUCGCUCACGCAUGAAGCAGACGGGGUGAUAUUUCAAGGGUGGGACGAACCUUACGUUUACCGAGCGAAUCGUUAUCUACUGAAAUGGAAGUAUCCGGAUAUGAAUUCGGUCGACUUUCUGUUCGAAAUGGGCAAAGAUGGGCGUGACAUGCUCUUCUUGAAUGAUAAUGGGAGGAUGACGCUUAUGGAAGGAUAUUCGGUUGAGUUUAGAGGUGAUGGUUGGAACAAACCGGAAAGUUACUGUGGGAAGAUUUUGGAGUGUUCAUGGGAUAGGGAGAAGGAAGUGUGGGUUGCCAUGAGGAUCAGAGUUGACAAAGAUGGACCAAAUGGCCUCGUACAAGGUCUCAGGGUGAUCAAAAGUAUAAUGGACAAUAUCACGGAGGAGGUUUUGGUUGACGAGAUCAAAAAGAUUAUCCGUCUUCCAAUGUACGUUGAGCGCAUCCAAAUGGACAUUCAGGCAGCGGAACGCCGCAGGCAUGGGAACCGUUAA